AUGUCCGCCGAAGAGAAGACCACGGUGGCGACCGACGUCGCAAAUCCCCCCAGUCGCGAGCAUGAAGUUGUCCACGGCGACGAGAGCAAUGUCGACGUGCCUCUAGAUUUGCCCGCAGGAUGGAAGUACAGGCAGAUUAGCCUUUUCGGCUACAAGAUGCCUUGGUACGCGUCGCCCCGUGUCCAGCUCCUCAUGGUUGCUUUUGUCUGCUUCAUGUGUCCUGGCAUGUUCAACGCGCUUGGUGGUUUGGGAGGCGGUGGUCGUGCCAGCGCGACCUUGGCUGACAACAUGAACACCGCCCUCUACAGCGCAUUUGCUGUCUUCGGAUUCUUUGGUGGCACCAUCGUUAACAAACUCGGUGUUAAAUGGACACUCGCUUUCGGCGGCAUCGGCUAUGGUAUCUACGCCAUCAGCCUGCUGGUUUCCCUCCAUAAGACAGAACAGGGUUUCAGCAUUUUCGCUGGUACCUUCCUCGGUAUCUGUGCCGGUCUUCUAUGGACUGCUCAGGGCACCAUCAUGAUCUCCUACCCAACCGAGCAAGAGAAGGGCCGAUACUUUGCCUGGUUCUGGGCUAUCUUUAAUAUGGGCGCUGUCGUCGGCAGUCUCAUUCCUCUCGGCCAGAACAUCCAUCUUAGCCCGACGGCGCAUGCUGUCAACGACGGCACCUAUAUCGGAUUUAUUGUCCUCAUGUUCUUCGGCGCUUUCCUGGCAACCUUGCUUGUCAAUGCUGGCGACAUCAUCCGACCUGACGGCAGUAAAGUCAUUCUGAUGAAGCACCCCAGCUGGGUGUCUGAGUUUGUCGGCCUCUGGGAGACUUUGCGAUGGGAGCCUCUCAUCCUCCUGCUAUUCCCCAUGUUCUUCGUCUCCAACUGGUUCUACGUCUACCAGCAGAAUGCCGUCAACGGUGCCGUCUUCAACGUCCGAACCAGAGCUCUCAACAGUCUCUUGUAUUGGCUUGCACAGAUCUUCGCUGCCGGUAUCUGGGGAUAUCUUCUUGACGUCCAGGGAGUUCGUCGUUCUGUUCGUGCUAAGAUCACAUGGGUCGUUCUUGUCGUCCUCACCUUCGCCAUCUGGGGUGGUGGAUACGCCUUUGAGAAGACGUAUACCCGCGAGACCGUCAAUCCUGAAGCUCCCGUCAACUACGUCGGCAAGGAUUGGAGCGACUCUGGCUACGUCGGUAUUAUGUUCUUGUACAUCUUCUAUGGAUUCUUUGACGCUGCUUGGCAGGCUAGUGUUUACUGGAUUAUGGGCGCUCUAUCCAACUCCGGUCGUCGCUCUGCCAACUACGUUGGAUUUUACAAGGGCAUCCAGUCCGUUGGUGCCGCUGUAGUCAACAAUCUCGAUGCUCGCAAGCUGUCUUUCAAGACUGAGUUCAUCACCAACUGGUCCCUCCUCGCUGCCGCUCUCGUCUUUGCUGCCCCUGUUAUUUUCUUCAAGAUCAAGGAUCAUAUUUCUGUCGAGGAGGAUCUUCAAGGCACUGACGAGACGAUUGCUGAUGUUCUCCCUUCUGGACAUCCUGAGAAGCAUAUCGAUGCAUAA